AUGCACGACCGAGGCACCCUUUUCUGGCGCCUUGUUCUGCUUGCAUGGGGUGAGGCCAAGGCGAAGCGACAGUCGCUUGUGAUGCCGCAGAAGCUCGAGGUGCGCGAUGCACGUUGCAAGAUGCACGAUGCGGGCGGAAGAAGUGUGACUAUCGAGGAGGGAGCACUCGCGCCAGGUCAGCUGAGGAGGAGCGAAAUUCUCCGAGGAGCUCUGCAAGUGGGCGGCUGUCAGGCACCCACGCGUGCACAAAGAGAACAGCAGCCAUCGCAGCCGCAGCCAAACCAUGGCAAUGCCCUCGUACCGACGCCUCGUACCAGUGCAGCCAUGGAUCGGUCGGACAAUGCCAAACAGAUAUCCCGAGCCGAUCGGCAGUUGAGCAUGCAUCCAAGGCUGAGGCUGCGAGGAGGAAGAUCUGGCUCAUGCUUUCAUUUUGCGCCGGUCGGGAACGGCGGAGGAGGCCAAGCGAAAAUCGAGCUCAUGUACAAUACCGUCACCGUCUCAUCAAGCGUUAGGGAUGCGUCCUCUGGUCCAACGCCUCUGCAUCCAAAAAUUCGCGUUUUGGUGCUUCCAGAGUGGCUCGAGCGAGCACCCUCACACAAGACGUGCAGUGCAGGCAUGCAUGCAUUCGAAGUGGAUGCACGAUCGAUGCUCGAUGACCGUAUCCAGCUCGCCCAUCCUCUGCAGAUCCGCUUGUCUGGGUGCAAGGGCCUCGUUCGCAUCAGCUCUCGAAUCGACGCAAUGCGCAGGCGCCAUCAUCAGCUGCACGCCCGCUGGGAUCUGCGUCCUGCCGCUGCUUCUGUCGCUGCUGCCUCCGUCGUCGUUGCAACUAGCGUCUGCCGGCCCGUCCCUCGACCCACACAAGCACAAUUGCAAUCAGCCGCAUCCCAUUCAAUCGGCGCCGCUGCUCUGCGAUGCCUGGCGCGCCUCGAUGAGAUUGUCCUGCCGCUCCGUGCACCGCAGCAGCCACGCCGGGAGCCCGCACCACCGCCGUUCGUUCUCACCCCAUCGCUCUUCCACCCCUCUCUUCCUUUCGUAUCCAAAACCAACUUACUUUUGCCCAUCAUGUCCAAGGUCACUGCCAGCGGCAUCAUCGCCGGAAACAUCUCCACCCAGCGCGUCAAGCUCAACAACGGCGUCGAGAUCCCCCAGGUCGCCCUGGGUGUCUACAAGGCCCCCAACGAUGGGUCCACCGAGAACGCCUGCAAGUGGGCCUUUGACGCCGGCUACCGCCACAUCGACUCGGCUGCCCGUUACAUGAACGAGGAGUCCGUCGGCCGCGCCCUCGCCGAGUGGACCCAGGCCAACAACGUGCCCCGCUCCGAGAUCUUCAUCACCUCCAAGCUCUGGGACGCUGACCACGACAAGGCCGCCGCCGCCAUCGAGGACUCGCUCAAGAAGCUCCAGGUCGAGUACAUGGACAUGUAUCUCAUGCACUCGCCCGGCACCAUGGGCCCCGAGAAGCGUCUCGAGGCCUGGAAGGCCCUCGAGGAGGCUGUCGACGCCGGCAAGAUCAAGACCAUCGGCGUCUCCAACUUUGACGUCGAGGAGCUCGACCACCUGCUCGCCAACUGCCGCAUCAAGCCCGCCGUCAACCAGAUUGAGUCGCACCCCUUCUUCGCCCACGAGGAGCUCCGCGAGGCUUGCAUCGAGCGCGGCAUCCACAUCCAGGCCUACUCGCCCAUGGCUCAGGGCCAGGCGCUCGACCGCCCCGAGAUCAAGGCCAUCGCCACCAAGCACGGCAAGACCCCCGCCCAGAUUCUGCUCAAGUGGGGUCUGGCGCAUGGAAACAUCAUCCUCCCCAAGAGUCUUACGAAGCACCGCAUCGAGUCGAACGCUCAGCUUUUCGAUUUCCAGCUCGACAACGACGACAUGGAUGCGCUCGAUGGAUUGGAUGAAGGUCUGAAGGUCGGAAAGCUCGGUCCCCCCGGCACUUCGCAGCCCGCUUCGCCUGGAGGCACCCGCCCUGGCUCUCGCCGCUCUUCUGGCUCGGGUGGCCUGUCUGGUAACAAGCUUCAGAUGUCGUCGUCGUGA